AUGGACAGAGUGAUUCAGCCUCCCUUGGUAGACACAACAGCAUGCCUUUGUCGGGUAGAUGCAGGCCUCAAAACUGUAUCUGGAGCUAAAAAGUAUGUGCCGGGUACAAAGCUUUGUCUUCGACCUGACAUCAAACCUUCUAUUCACCCCACUAGACAGAAGUCACCACAUGACAGAAAUUGGAGUCAAUCCCCUCUGCUUCCUGGACUUCCAGAUGACCUUGCCAUUGCUUGCUUGAUCCGUGUUCCAAGAAAUGAGCAUCGAAAGCUCCGGUUAGUCUGCAAGAGAUGGGGACGUCUUUUGGCAGGUAAUUUUUUUUACUCACUUAGGAAGAAUCUUGGAAUUACAGAGGAAUGGAUAUACGUUAUGAAGAAAGACCGAGAUGGAAAAAUAUCAUGGCACGCCUUUGACCCCAUAUACCAGCUUUGGCAGCCUCUUCCUCCCGUCCCCAAAGAAUAUUCUGAAGCCCACGGUUUUGGGUGUGCUGUCCUUAGCGGUUGUCACCUCUAUUUGUUUGGUGGCAAAGAUCCAGUGAAAGGUUCAAUGAGGAAAGUCAUUUUUUAUAGUGCCCGCACUAAUAAAUGGCAUCGAGCCCCAGAAAUGCUUCGGAGGCGACAAUUUUUUGGCUGUUGUGUUAUAAACAACUGUUUGUAUGUAGCUGGUGGGGAGAAUGAGGGCGUUCACCGGUCCUUAAGAUCAGCCGAAGUUUAUGAUCCUAACAAGAACAGGUGGUCCUACAUUUCUGAUAUGAGCACUGCAAUGGUGCCUUUUGUAGGGGUCGUUUAUGAAGGCAAGUGGUUCUUGAAGGGGAUAGGUUCCCACCGACAGGUUUCAAGCGAGGUCUACCAACCUGAAACAGAUAGCUGGCGCCCCAUCUAUGAUGGUCUGGUUGCAGGUUGGAGGAGCCCGAGCACUACGGUUAGAGGCCAUCUCUACGCGAUGGACUGCAAAGAUGGCUGCAAUCGUCGAGUUUAUGACGAAGCAACUGGUUCUUGGAGCAAACAGAUUGAUGGUAAAAUGCAUUUAGGGAACUCAAAAGCUUUAGAGGCUGCAGCACUUCUCCCUCUUAACGGGAAGUUAUGCAUCAUUCGGAACAACAUGAGUAUUUCACUAGUCGACGUCUCGAAAUCAGACCAUGGUUCUUCAUGCUUGAAGAUCGUAAUUAUACAUGAGCCUAAGGAGACCAUCAAUGCUCAAGGCUGUUCUUGUAGGAGAAAAGAUGUUAGCAUGUGCCGCCUAAGAGUUGAGAAUGACUAUGUUCAAUCAGAUCAGCGAGCUUUCUAUUAUCUGGAGAAGGCAGUUGACCAGGGCCAUGCUGGUGCUGCUAUAGCCUAUGGAUCUCUUCUUCUUAGAGGGGUUCAAGUUCCUGAGCUACUAACCAAAUUCAAUGCAAAAAGAGGAUAUCCUCCAACAGAAAAUCGAGGAAGAAUGCUAGAAGCCUCGAACUUAAUCCAGUUGAAAUGGCAAGAGAACAAUUCGAGAUAG